AUGGUCAGCCAUGGAAAGCAUAUUGCAAUAAUAGUCCAACAGCUUAACAAAUUUAACCCUGAAAAUCAGAGCGUGGAGGAUUUCUUGAAUGAAUCAGCUAAGAUGUUGCAGACACUUAAUGUGACAGAAGAAAAAUUUGUGUUGGAUACACUAGCUGGAUGCAUAGAAUAUAAAUCCUUAUUGGAUGUAAUAGUCAAUGCCUUUUUUGUUCGGGAUGGGAGAUACUGCCUGAUUUCUGAGCGUAAUUUCUAUAAAGUUAUUUGUUACCUGGCUACUUUUUUUCUUAGAUUCUUCUUCAAUGCCUUGUAUUUGAACACAUGGAUAAAAGAUGAAUGGAGUCGGUUCUACGAUUCACUGUAUGUAAAAGAGAACUGGAUCGAUCCACUGCUAAGAUGGCAGCCAAAAGUACAGCAACUGAUUGAACAGCUCACAGACAAACUGAAUAAUUGUACUACCACUGUGAAGACUUCAGCAGUCACUCAGCCAAAGGAAUUUAAUUUGACUGCACCCAAACCACGUGCCAUUCCUGUACCUCUGCCAAUACCAGUACUGGGAAAAAGGCUACCUGUUCCUCCAAGCACCUACAAACCUCCAAAGGAAACAAAGCAGCUAGAGGAAAUCAAAAUAAAAAAUCGCCGAAAAGCAGAAGAUCUGCUCCUGAAAGCAAAUGCUGACCAGUUCAGGUGUGCAACUGUGAAGUCUGAAAAAAGAGAGAUUGACAAUAUACCUAUAAAAUUAAAUGCUGCGGCUAUUUUGAGAGAGGGUGCCCUCUAUCAGCGGAAGAUGGAACAGGAGCUCAAGAGAAUUGAAAAUUUGCUGCGAGGGGCUGGAGACCCAUCUGAAUUCUUGGAAUGGCAAAAACAGAUGCGUGGAAAAGAUUUGGAAGAGCAGCUGGCUGAAACAGAAUGUAGGAGACUUCAAGGGAAACUGAGUCGUGAAGAGGCAGUUCUAGCCCAUCAGAAUGUAACUCAAGAAAAUAAGAAGAAAGCUGAUCUAAUGAGAGAAGAGAAAGCAGAGCUGAUGCACCAGUAUGCACAGAAGCGUCUACAGGAACAGCAAGAAAUGAGAGAGCUGGUGGAGCAGGUCGUGGAAGGACACAAGAAUGCAAAGCAGGCAAAAAUAAAGCUCCAGAAAUACAAACAGCAGAUAGUUCAGGAAGUUUCUGAAGAAAAUCGAGAACUUCUUCGGCAAGCUUUAGAAGAAGAGGAGGAGAAGCUUAGGAAAAGAUAUGAACUAAUUCAACAAAUACGAGCUAUUGAGUCUUUACCAAGCCUCAGACACAAGUUUGUUGAUUUAACUGAGACUGGUGGCCAUGGUUUAAUUUGUGAAAUGUCAGUAGUGGAACUACGUGAACGCCUUGCUCUGCUCAGAGAAGCACAGAAGGCAGCAGAGGAAGAAAAGAGAGACCAGAUAAUUCAUGAAAAACGAGCUAAGGAACAACUUCUUCUAGACACACUGGACCAGAUUUCCCUGUUCAGAGCAGAACUUGGACGAGCAGCUGCUUUAAAGCAAGAAGAAAAGAAAAGAAAGUCCCAGUCUGGUGAAAGGCCUGUGAAAGAUGAACGCAUUUUAAACCUGCAGAAAAAGAUUGUAGAAAAAACAAUGGAGCGUAAAAAGCAAGCAGAACUCUUAAAGAUUACCCCCCAGAAAACCAGCAUUGCAUCAAAGAAGGAUUCAUUGCAAUGGAACCGUUGGAAAGAACUGGAAGAGAGUCGGGAACGACUCGUGGCCAGACAAACAGCUCAGCAAAUGGCUGCCUAUGAGGCAGCAAGAAGUGGAGCCACAGUCUGUACAUUGCGUUCUAAA